AUGUUGUCUUUGAUUGUUAUCUUCCUUCUCCUUCAGCUUCCUUCCUUAGUGUGUACUUUUGAUAAUGAAGCAUGCCUUCGCCAAAGGAGCACCAGCGUGCACAAGGAUGGAGACAUGGUGAUUGGGUGUUUCUUGUCUCUUUAUUUCUUCAUGUACUAUACUGGUAUGAUUGAUAUACAGCCUACUAGAGAACUCUACUUCUUUCCGCUUACAUCCAGCAAGUACCAGAACUACUUGGCCUUCAUUUUUGCUAUAGAUGAGAUCAACAGAAAUCCUCAUCUGUUACCCAACAUUUCUCUGGGCUAUGAGUUCCAUAAUUUCAUUAGCAGUCAUUGGAGGAUACUAGAAAAUUCCUUCAUUUUGCUGACAGGACAAAAUGAGAUCCCUAAUUACAUUUGUAGGAAAGAAAGCAAGGGUGUGGCAGUAGUGACAGAAAUGCCAUGGGAAACCUCAGCUCAGAUUGGACCACUGCUGGAGCUCUACAGAUUUCCACAGGUUAACUUUGGCUCAUUUGAUCCUACACUGAUGGACAGUGGCCAGUAUCCUUCUUUCCAUCAGGUAGCUCCAAAGGAGACAUACUUGGCCCUUGCCAUGGUGUCCUUGAUGCUUCAUUUUCACUGGACCUGGGUGGGCCUGCUCAUCACAGAGAGCCAUAAGGGUCUUCAGUUUCUCUCGGAUAUAAGAGCUGAGAUGGACAGGAACAGAGUCUGUGCAGCCUUUGUGAGAAUGGUGUUAACAGCGACUGUGUCCUAUAACUCAGCUGCAAAGAAACAUGAAAUCCUGACUGCAGAGACAUCAUCUGCCAACGUGGUGGUCAUUUACUAUGACACUGAUAGUGCAAAUGAUGUAAACUUCCACAUAGUGCAAAACUUAGUGACAUGGAAAGUCUGGGUGACCAAUUCUCAAUGGCAUGCUGACUUGGAUGGGAGACAUUUCAUACUUGAUCCAUUCCGUGGGAUUCUCGUUGUGUCAUACCACCAUGAAGAGAUUUCAGGUUUUAAAGAUUUUGUCCAGGAAGCUACCCCUCUCAAAUACCCAGAGGACACUUACCUUGUUAUGUAUUGGUCUAAGAAUUUUGCCUGCUCGUUCUCUGAUUCUGACUGUGCCUUGAUGAACUGUACCCAUAAUGCGUCUCUGGCUUGGUUGCCUCUGAAUCGUUUUCAGAGAGCUGUAAGAGAUAGGAGCUACAAUAUGUACAAUGCUGUCUAUGCUGUGGCCCAUGCCCUUCACGCCAUGCUUUUAGAAGAAGUACAAAUGCCACCGAUGAGCAAUAGACAAGUGAUGAUGUUUCCCUCCUGGAAGCUGCAUCUCUUUCUGAAGAACAUCGAAUUUUCCAGUCCUUCUGGGGAACUAGUGAAUUUGGAUGAGAGACAAAAACUGGAUUCAGAGUAUGACAUCCUCAAUUUUUGGAACUUUCCAGAAGGCCUUAGACUUAAAGUUAAAGUUGGCACAUUUUCUUCCCAUGCUCCACAUGGCCAUAAAUUGACUGUAUCUGAGGAUAUGAUAGAGUGGGCCACAGGAGUUGCAGAGACUCCCCGCUCAGUCUGCAGUGAGAGUUGCAAUCCUGGAUACAGAAAGAGCCCUGAGGAGGGAAAGGCUGCCUGUUGUUUUGAUUGCAUCCCUUGUGCAGACAAUGAGAUUACCAAUAACACAGAUAUGGAGCAGUGUGGAAAGUGUCCUGAUCAUCAAUAUGCCAGUGCUCAGAAAAAUCAAUGCGUCCAAAAAUAUGUGACCUUUCUGGCUUAUGAAGACGCCCUGGGGAAGGCUCUGGCUGGCACUGCACUGAGUCUCACUCUUCUCACAGCUGCUGUUCUUGGGUUCUUUCUGAAGCACAGAGACAUUCCCAUCAUCAAGGCCAACAACAGGGCUCUCAGCUACACCUUGCUCAUCUCCCUCACCUGCUGUUUCCUCUGCUCCUUGCUCUUCAUCGGCCGCCCCAACACAGCCACCUGCAUCCUGCAACAGACCACAUUUGCAGUUGUGUUCACUGUGGCUGUUUCCACUGUCUUGGCAAAAACCAUUACUGUGGUGCUAGCCUUUAAGGCCACUGCUCCACGCAGGAGAAUGAGGCAGUUGCUGGUUUCAGGGGCUCCAAACUCCAUCAUCCCCAUCUGCACCCUGAUCCAGCUCACUCUUUGUGGAGUCUGGAUGGGGACAAAUCCACCCUACAUUGACACAGAUGUGCACUCUGAGCAUGGCCACAUCAUCAUCGUGUGCAACAAGGGCUCCCUCACUGCCUUCUACUGUGUCCUGGGAUACCUGGGCUCCCUGGCUCUGGUGAGCUUCACUGUGGCUUUCCUGGCCAGGAACCUGCCUGACACCUUCAAUGAAGCCAAGCUCCUGACCUUCAGCAUGCUGGUGUUCUGCAGCGUGUGGGUCACCUUCCUGCCCAUGUACCACAGCAGCAAGGGGAAGGCCAUGGUGGCCAUGGAGGUCUUCUCCAUCUUGGCCUCCAGUGCAGGGCUGCUGAGCUGCAUCUUUGCCCCCAAGUGCUACAUUAUAUUGGUAAAACCAGAGAAAAAUUUUGUGACUGGGAUCAGGGACAAAACACAUUGUGUGAGAAAGAAUUCUUCUUAUCAUGAACAUGCUUCCUCAUAUACAUAG